GGGUCUCACAAACUCUCAGUCCAUUGCUCGCCCCCAGCUCUUUCCCUCAUUCAACGCUCGCAAACAUUGCCACUUUCUUUUUGCUAUGUCCAGUUCAUCCACAACGGCCAAUGGUUCAGAGUCUGCUAAUAAACGUCGAAGAACUGGCAGCACAACAGAGAUGGCACGAUCACCUGUCGACACUACGGCUGGCCCGCAGUCUCCUCAACCGGCACACAUUCCCAAGAGAGGUGCACGAGCAUGUACGGCCUGUAGGAAAGGCAAGAAUCGAUGUGAAGGAGAAGCUCCUUGCCGACGUUGUCAAUUGAGCGGAACGCCAUGUGUAUUUGAAAAACCAGAGAAGAGGCCUGCUCAAGCUUUAGCUGGGCCAGGCAUUGAGAGACUUUCUCGCCUCGAAGGCCAGUAUUUGGUUAUGCAAAGCCAUAUGAUUGGAAUGCAAUCAACGCUUGAAAGAAUUCUCGCCAUUUUACAAGGACAAGCCCCCGGCAACCAAUUGUUUCCCCCAUCCAGCAUCAAUCCUCCAGCAAGUAGCAGUCAUGAAGGAGAAAAUUUUCCUGGUGGUGAAGACAGAAUCAAAUCAUUUCCUCCUCUCCCUGGAUUCGCGCCACCCCCACACAAAUAUGCUACAUACGGAAUAGUUCCCAGCACUGCACCCUCAUCAGAUGAUGAGUCCGAGGACACCCUUCCAAGAGCUACGCUGAAUGCUCCAAUUGAAGCUCUUCAAGGGCUCGCCAAUGCGGCAGCUGAAGCGGCAGCAGCGCCAUCCACCGCACCACCAAGGGUUAAAAAACGCAAGCGUGCUGAACCUAUUCCGCGCAAUGCGUUCCCUCACGUUGUUGAAAAGGGUCUAGUCGCCGAUUCGGAGGCAAGGGAAUUGUAUAACAUAUUUUUCGCAGGAUGCCACCUCUUCAUUCCAGUUUUCGACCCCGCUUAUGAUACAUAUGAAAGCUUGAUGGAACGUACACCAUGGACGUUCGAUGCUAUCCUCGCUGUCGCCGGUAAAAUCCGGAGCGGAAACGGCCCCCUUAGUCCGACCUUCUACAAGUGCUUGGAAGAGGCGCAGGGUAUUGCUAGGUCUUCCCUUUUCGGGCCAGUGGUCCGGAAAGAAGCGGUCCAAGGCAUGUUGCUUUUGGCUGCCUGGAGCACAAAUGGGUGGCUCCCAAGUGGACAUGCGAUGCGUAUGGCCCUAGAUCUGGGUCUGCAUCGGGCCCUAGAGAAACUUGCGGACGACAAUGGCAAGAAAAGGACUGAGGAAGAAGAACGAGACCUAGUGGUAUCUGCCCGAAUCUGGUUAUGUCUUUAUUGGUUUGAUCAUCAGAUGAGUUUGGGGACUGGGCGGCCCAUCGUUCUUCGGGACGAGAAUUCCAUCCGUCACUGUCGACUGCUUCUCAAUCAUCCAAUGGCCUCGCCGACAGAUGUUAGAUUGAUAUCACAAGUGGAACUGAUUGCCCAGAAAACUCAAAUAUACGAAACCCUAGCCCCACUGAAUGGCCAAGUGAACCACAAUACACUUGCAUUCAUUCGUCGUGCCAAUGUGGCGCUCGAUAAGUGGUGGCAAGACUGUGACGAAUUGCACCGACAAACCAUGGAUGAAAACUCCCUUCUUCGCAAAAUUCUUGUCGGAGAGUUGCAUUAUGCUAAAUUAUGGUUAGUUUGCGUUGCGCUGCGUGGGGUGUCUUGGGAUAAGAUGCCCUUUGAGCAACGUGAAUUGGCUUUCCAGGCGAAAGACGCCGCCUUCACGUGUCUUUCCAUAUUCCUCAACUCCCCCGAAUAUCGUGCUGCACUUCGAUAUGCUGUUCACGAUAGCCUUGUGACGGCUGCUUUUUCCGGCCUUUUCCUCCUCAAAAUGGCCAGUCUGUUCCCGACCGAACUUGACCUCGGGGCUAUCAGCACGCAAGUUGAACAGCUUGCACAACUACUUUCUGAUGUCGCGGCCGAAAGAUAUGCUGUUACUCUUCGUAUCAUGUUGGCAAAUUUGCGGCGUAGGAUUGGAUUAAACAGUGGCAUUACAACACCGGUGCCUUCUAUUCCACCGCCGGGGUUCCAGGAAAUGGUCAUGACCCCAACCUCAUUCGUUGAUCCCACGUUACCUCCACCUUUCACGAUGGAAGAACUUGGUUUCGGACCUGGAGGUGUUGUAAGUCCAUCGGUAAUUCCACUCUGGCUACAAGAACAGAGUCUCAAUGAUCUUGGACUUCCUGUCAAUGGCUCUGAUGGUAUAUUCUUGCAGAUGGGCGGCUCAAAUGGUUGGGUCGGAGAUUUUGCGCCCAUGCCAGAAGCUUGGUAGAUAGGAGAUUUGCUUUGAUAACUGAAAUGACAUCCU